AUGGAGAUAUUCGGCAGCACGUUUGACGACACGGUGUUUUCGGAGGCCAGAGACCGAGUGUGUGUGUCUCUGUGUUCUUACGACGCCAAACUGUGUGAGCCAGAGUGGUUUUGUGAGAGCAGUGCCCUCCAAGCCGAGGAUUCUUUAGAGAAACAGAAAGUGUACAAGUUUAGGGGGGACCUGUUUAUGAGACAAGGCGACUAUCAGAGAGCCCUGGAGGCGUACAGCAGCUGCCUGGAGUGGAUCGCCGACAACAACCUGAGCAUCAGACGAGACGUCCUGGAGGGAAAGGCUCGAUGCUGCACCAAGCUGGGACAGAGGGAGGAGGCACUGGACCUGGCAGGUGUACUGAGUAAAGAAGCCUCCAACACCUCUCACCUGAGCAGCCUCCUGCUGCUUAAGGUCAGCAUCUACCAGCAUUUUGGGGCCCUGGGAUCCCAGAUGUUGUGUCUGCAGCAGCUGUGCAGCCUGCUGCCCUUCCACCCCUGGCACUGGCUCAGCCUGGGACACAUCUGUGUCCAGCUGCUGAGCAGCCGCUCGGACACGGAAUCGGCACAGCAGCUUGUAGAAGUAGAGGCGGAGAAACCAGAGGAGGCGGAGCAAACAGAGGAGGCGGGAGCGCUCGGAGAGGACCAGCUUUGGCUCAAAGCUUGCAUCUGCUUCAUCAGGACAAGACUUCUUCUGGCUGCUCUUCGGCAGCAGCAGUCCUCGUUUGUGUUGCGGCGCAGUGAGAAGGCCCUGCAGGAGACAGAGGAGGCCUUACAGCGCCUGAAUCCCAAAGAGACCACGCUGCAGGCUCUAACUGAGGUGAUGUCGGAGGACCUGGUCCCGGAGAAGAUGAGGGAGGACAGCCAGGACGGGGAGAGCCUGCUCAGCGUGUGUUUGCAGAGCUUCACAGAGCGCUGGUGGAACAAGGUCCUGCUCACUGGCGUGUUGGAGACGGACCGAGCACCCAGCAGGUCCCACUGA